GUUCAGAUGACAGAUAAGCAACCUGCCGCCGAGGGCGAAGACCAGCUGGACCGCAGAACACUGUUUGUGCAGUCGAUCCCUGUUGAAGCUACAAAGGAACAACUGAAUGAGUUUUUUUCCCAAUAUGCCCCAGUGCGACACUCCGUGAUUGUCACUGACACAGAGGGCAAGAGCAGAGGGUUUGGAUUUGUUUCGUUUGUGACAGACGAGGAUGCGCUAAGUGCCUUGAAGGAGACCAAGAAGGCCAAGUUCAUGAACAAGCUGCUGAGAGUGUCUAUUGCCAAACGGAGACAGAGAAAGGACAAGAACGAUAAACAGGCCAAGCCUGUGGAGGAUGCAAAAUUCAAGUCACAGGAAAUUGCACUGAAAAAAAGUGCCAAGCUGAUUGUGCGCAAUCUGCCGUGGUCCGUCAAGGACCCGAACGAGCUGGUGAAGGUAUUUUUGAAAUUCGGUAAAGUCAAGGAGGCACAUAUUCCUAAGAAAAAGGAUGGCAAGAUGUCUGGUUUUGGGUUUGUGACGAUGAUGAAGCACGCUGCAGCCGAGAAGGCUGUGAAGGAGACGGUGGGGCUGAAGUUGCAGGGCCGUGAGGUGGCUGUUGAUUUUGCUAUAGAUAAGAGCAAGUGGGAGGAGUUCCGAAAGGAGAAGAGCGCGGAGGGAGAGGAAGAUGAGGAGGACGAGGAUGAAAAGAGUGAGGACGAAGAAGAAGAAGAAGACGACGAAGAAAAGGAAGAAAAGGAAGAAAAUAAGGCAGACGACUCUGAGGACGACGAAUCGGACUCUGACGGCGAGGACCUCAAUUUCAAAAGGCCCCGUCCAAACAAACAGGAGAACUUUUCCAUUUUCGUGCGUAACGUUCCCUACGACGCAACGAGAGAAUCUUUAGAGGAGCAUUUUUCCAAGUUCGGUCCAAUUAAAUAUGCUCUUCCUGUCAUGGACAAGGACACCCAGUUGGCAAAAGGAUCCGCAUUCGUGGCGUUCCGGCGCGAAGAAGACUAUGAGGACUGUCUUUUGAAUGCGCCAGAGGUGAAUCCGAACUCGAUGCUCAUUCCAGACGACGUUUCUCCUUUGUAUGUCUACGAAGGCCGGGUUUUGCAGAUCACUGCCACCGUGGACCGCGACUCUGCUGCCAGAAUGGCCGAGCGCAACGCUCUUGCGCGGAAAGAGCUUCUAGGCCGCGUUCCAACGGAGAAAGACAAGCGUAAUCUUUUCCUGCUGAACGAGGGACGAAUCACGUCGGGCUCGAGGUUGGCCUCGCUGAUCAGCAAGACAGAUCUGGAUGUUCGUGAAAAAUCGUACAAUCUGCGUGUGCAGCAGCUGAACAAAAAUCCAUCGUUGCAUCUGUCGCUGACGAGAUUGGCUAUCAGAAACCUUCCUCGUGCCAUGAAUGAGAAAGCUCUGAAGGCCUUAGGACGCAAGGCCAUUGUCCAGUUUGCGUCCGAGGUCAAGGAGGGAAAGAGACAACCGCUGAACAAGGAAGAGCUUGCGAGAUCGCAAAGACACAAGGAGUUUAUUGAGGAGAAGCUUGGAGUCAAGCCCGAGGACAAGAAGCGCAAAAAGCAGACUGGUGUGGUGAAACAGGCCAAAAUCAUCAACGAGGUGAAGGGUUCAGGUGUUCUGGGCAGAUCCAGAGGAUAUGGGUUCUUGGAGUUCCGAGACCACAAGCACGCUUUGAUGGCUCUGCGGUGGCUGAAUGCUCACGAGGUGAGUCGCGAGGACAUCCUAGUUGGGCUGACAGAGGAGCAAAAGAAGGUGGCGGAGAGCGAGGGCACGAUAGCCAAGCGUCGGUUGAUUGUGGAGUUUGCUAUUGAGAACGCCAAGGUGGUGAAGCGUCGCCACGAGCAAAUUGCCCAUAGCAAAGCCAAAAGUCAUAGGAAAGACGGCGAGGGCCAGGAUAGUGGUAGAGACAGAAAACGUCAGAGAGAAGGUGGAGACAAAAAAGGCGCCAACGGCAGACCAAAAGACUCGAAGCGCAGAAAGACAGACGCCCAAACUGCACCCGAAACCAGCAAGAGUGGCCUUCCGAACGAUGUCAAAAGGUUGAUUGGAUUCAAAAGAAAGCGCAGACACGCGAAGAAAUAGACAUAUAGAAGCUGUAUAUUUAAUGAUUCCGAGGAGGCCGUUUCAUCAGCGAGAGCGUAUUUUCCACCCAUCUGUCUGCACCGCCUUCCAUGGCGAUGAUCUCGUAGAUCGACUUGGGUAGAAAGUUGUUGGGCCGGUAGCCAAUCAGCGCUGCAUUUCUGGUAGAUGGAAUUCUGAGCAUCUCGCGCUCUACCUGCCACCCAAAAAUGGUAGCAAUGUACUCCACGUGAUCCACAAGCGUGGCGUAUCUGGAGGUAGAGGUGUACGAGGUGACAGAGCUAGCCUGAGCAAUGCUCUUGAUGGCUGGAUACCGAACUUUUUCGCCGUUCAGGUUAUAUGAGCAGCAUGGGAUAACCAUAAAUGGGUACCCGAGCAGCGGAAUCCACGUGGUGAGCUCGUCCGAGUGAUUGCCAAUGAUAAAUGUAUUUUUAGGGAACUCGGCCGCGUUGACUUGCGGCGAGCUAAGCAGAUCGCCCGCUGUAAACACCUCCACCAGCUGGUGUUUCUCUGUGAGCCCCAGCUCCUCGGGUAAUUUUUUGUCCACAGGCAUCUUGAAGGCCCUACCGUUGUCGGAAAAAUAAUGUGCUCUGGCAGCAGGAUGCGGCCUCAGAAGCACGCUGGGGAUGAUAACCUGCUCCUUCAGUUUGCUCUGCACCUCCGGAGGGUACAUUUUCCAAGAUUUGCGUGCUCUUGCGUCAAUUCCUAUUCCUGUAUAGCCUUCCAUGGUAAGCAGAUACACUAAAAGGCCGUUUCCACAGCCAAGAUCUCUAAACUCAAAUAGCUCCUUGUCCGGGUAUAUUAUGCUCCAGAACUCAAUCAGAAAAGCGGCAAUGGCGAUAUCCUCAAAUACAUGCUUGCGCGGAUCCGUGUUUUCUCGCCAGUCGUCCACCAGAGCUUUUGCAUAUUUCUGCUUCAGACUAAUAUAUCUAUCUUGAAACGCCACCUUGGACACAAUCAGAUCGUGAUUGACCCGCUUCUCGUAUCCCUUGACGACACCGUCGGAGUGCCGUUGGGCAGUGCUCAUCAGUCUGUAUGCGAUUCGGAUCGGCCUUUCUAUAGGCUUCAUAGUUCUUAGCUCCUCGAGAGAUCCAAACGGAAGAUAGUGGAUCGAGAGGUUUCCGUGAGAAUAAAGCAGUCCGAUGGACCGCACUGGGGGCAGAUAAAACGGAGUUUCCUCGGGCUUGCUGAUAUGUGGGGUGUAAACUAUCAAAAUGGAGCCUUCGCUAUCUUCCAUCAUCAGGCACGUUUGGUUGAUCACAUAAUCUUUGGACGGGUUGCGAGGUAUUAUUCUUCUCACCAUCUCCACUUUCGGCCUAAAUUCCUUAGUGAUAGGCACACUUUUGAUCUCUAUGUCGUCGAGGUACCGGGACCUUAUUGGCUCCUCCGGGUUGUCGCUGGCGAUGGAAAUGGAUUCCGGGUCUUCUGCAAUGUAUUUGUCCAAAAACGGCUCCUCGGACCCGUCUAUGUACGUGUAUUUGUAAUUCUUUAGCACAUCUGCUCUGAGAAUGACUGUAGAGUUGAUAUUAGGAUUUUUCAACAGAUUACUCAUGGCCUGCUCGAAGUGCGAGGCCUCGAAAGUCACUGGGAUUUCGAAAAUACCACACCAUUCCGGACCCAGGACAGAUGGAUUGUCGCGAAUAUUGGGAAUCUCGCGUGCAGACAACGUCGCCUCG